UUUUGAAUUAAAAUAAAAUAAAAGAAAUGGCAUUAAGUCAGAGCAAAAUGCUGGAAAACAUCACGCAUAAUAGUACUAAGCAUAGAGGUGAAGACGUGAAUGGCCCACAGAUCGUUUUCGAUAAGAACUUCUUAUGCAUGAAAUCAGUGAAGGAUGCAAUCUCUACUGACCAAGUUACUUUCAAAAAUGUAGGCUCCACUACUAUUUAUUAUGAAUGGAGGAAAAUUGAAAGAGGAGAUUACAUUAAAGCCAAGAAUUCUGAUGGCGUGAAGAGGUUCUUUGGUAUCACUAUCAGAAAUAAGCUGAUGCCUAAGGAAUCUAAGACCUUUACUUUUUCUUUUAGGUCAACCACUCCAGGUAUGUUUUUAGAGGAAUGGGAAAUCUUGACUGAACCACAAUGCCUUGAGCCCCUUAAGGUGCUUACACUUAAUGGAAUAUCAAUUGAAGAGGAGACAGAGCUUGAUGAUAUCACUCAGUUUGAUAAUGAAGUAUCAACAAUCAACCAAAAGAACUUUAUUGAUGAGAUCAUGCAAGAUAUUGUUGACCAGGUCAGGACUCCAACUCCUCCUCCAAAAGACUUAUAUAAAGAAGAAGAGUAUGAAACUCCUGAAGAAAGGACCUCUUUCCUUAAAACUGAGUUUGAAAAUGUUAACCACAAGUAUAACCUCUACUAUGGCGAAUAUGAGAUCAAUGCUUUUAGAGAGCUCAUUCAGGAUACUCAUCAGAGACUAGGAACUGAACCUGAAGAUCUUUGGGAUGGAUCUGUAGACUAUAUCUUCAACUUGAUAUCGAAGGUAGAGUUCCCAAUAGCAAGGGAGAACUUGUUAUUGACCUUCAAUCGUCUUGUAAACAAUUGUAAAUAAGAUGCCUCCGGAGAGGUCUGAGUCAUAUUCUGAUCUCAGAGAAGCCGUUCUUAGGAUCUGUGACACCAUUCCUGAUCUAGACGAGCACUUCAGAGAAGAAAUUGGCAUUCCUGAGUACACUUUCGAAUAUCUGACUGAUGAGAUGACUGAAGAAGAAAUUGAGAAAAUGAACGAAGAUAAAGAAGCCAGGAAGUCAGAAUGGAUGAAAAGGAAAAAGCAAAAGCCUAAAUCUGAAGAGGAAGAGCAGCAAGAUUUCGAACAACUCAAGCAAAGUAUUUCUGAUGGCGUCAAACAUAAGAUUGUGGGGGAUGAUUCUGUAGUUGGGCAUAUUGAAGAGACUAUUGAAAUGAAGACUCUUCAGAAGUUCCUUGAUGAACAUGUUAUUUUGACGAAGGAGAAAUGGGAUGAAUAUUAUAGGAAGAAGUCUGUCCUUGACAUCGGAUGUGAAGGAAAAAGUGUACUACUGAGAUUAGACCUUGAUGUUCCUCUCUCAGAAUAUAUUUCUCCUGAAGAAACUUCAAUACUUGAAAAGGAAAGCAAGCAAGGUGCCAAGAUAGCUAAGGAUCAAGCUCCUCCUUCGACUUAUCGGUCUGAAGCUAUGAAAUCCAAUAUAAAUUCUUCCACAAAGAAAUCAAGAGUUGAUGAUACUCAAAGAAGUAGGGAGAAUCAGAACUCGACUAUGAAAGAAAUUGACAUCCUCAGUAAGAGACAGAUCAUAGACUCCACUAAGAUCAAGAAGGCUUUACCUAUGAUAAAAUACAUGAUUGAAAACCUAGCAGUGAGGACAUUUGUGAUCGGAAACCUUUCUGAAAAAAGUGGCAAGGUCAAGCCAGAGAACACCAUGAAGCUUGUGUGGAACUCGAUUUCCAAUAAAGUAGACCAGCCAGUUCAAUUCCAAGAAGAAUACACCUAUGAAGAUGACUCUGAAGGAGUCUACAUCCUUGAAAAUCUUAAUUUUAGACCUGAAGAAUGGGGAUUCAUCGAGCCAGAGCCUGAGCCAGAGGUUGAAGAAGCAGAAGGCGAAGGAGAAGGUGAUCAAGAACCAGAAGUUGAUGAUAAGAAGAACAAGAAAUCUGCUAAAGACAAGAAAGCUGAGGAAGCAAAGAAGGCAGAAGAAGCUAAGAAAGCAGCAGAAGAAGCCAAGAGACUUGAAGAAGAGAAGUUGAAAGAAGAAGCUGAAGGUGAAGGCAAACAGGAAGGUGAGGGUGAAGGAGAGCCUGAACAGGAAGAAGAACAAGAGCCUGAGCUCACUUUUAAGGAAAUUGAAGCGUUCAAGAGGCAAUUAGUAAACCUGGGAGAAAUUUAUAUAAAUGAUGCCUUAGAUGCAUCUCUGACUCACUCAAAUACUGUUGCUGAUUUGAGAACUGAGACUAAAGUUAUGGGCCUCAGAAUGACAGAAGAAGUCCGGAAGCUAGGAAUGUUCUUCAUGUAUGAGUACUCUCCAACUGUCGUUGUUAUUGGAGGGUCGUUUAAGGAAAGCAUCUCAGAUAGAAUCCUUUUGUUCAACUCAUUGCUUCAUUGCACAGAUGUAAUCUUCCCAGCAGGAGCAUUUUCGCUAUAUUUCUUAAAAUCUUUAGGUGUGAAACUUGGACCACAAGACCACUUAAUUGACGAUAAAUACCUUGAUAUUUGUAAAAAUCUUCUUCUUAAGGCUCACGAGAAAGGUGUGAAAGUUAUCCUCCCUACUGAUUUCGUAACUCUAGUAAAGCCAAGGGUGGGCCAAGAGGAUGAAAAUGAAGAGGAAGAAAAAGAAGAAGAGAACCCAGAUGAACAAAACCCUGAUGGAGAAAACUCUAAAAACCAGCUAUUAAAGAAGAACACAAUUGAAGCUGUAGGAGAGGUUAACUGGAUCGACUUGAUUUAUGAAGAUGGGGUCCAAAGUGUUGAUUUCUCAGAGUUCAUCAACAAAAAGUUAGAUGAAUUAUAUAACCCACCAAAAGAACCAGAGCCAGAACCUGAACCUGAGAAAGAGGUUGAAGAAGAAGGCAAAGAAGACCAACCAGAGGAAAAUAAGGAAGAAGAGGGGGAAGAUGACAAAGUUGAAGAGAAAGAGCCAGAACCAGAUCACCAAUUAGAAAAUAAAGCAUUCAUUUUGGAAUUUGGUUCAACAACUGUUCAAUCCCUUCAGGUAUUCACUAAGGACGCAAUGAAAAUCUUCUGGGAUGGGUCCAUAUCAAUUUAUCCAGAUACCUUAGCACAAGAAAAUAAUAGGAUGCUGACUCUAGAACUUCUCCGUAUUAAGCAAGAAAAUGAGGAUAGAACUGAGCCGAAAUACUCGCUUAUUCAUGGAGAAGAAACAGAAAAUGUUGUGGCUCAAUCAGCUACAAAGAUCAAGCUAGAUCAGCUGGACAACAAGGAUCAAGAUGCUAGUAUUGGAGAUGGCUAUAACGAAAGUGGGUCAAUGACCAGUACAUUCCAGGCGGAUAAUUCAAACCCUGCCAUAUUCGUAUGCUGCGAGGGUAGAUUCACUCUGGACCUUCUUCAAGGAAAAGAGAACAGAUGCUUACUAAAUAUGGAUGAGCAUCCAGCCUUAACCAAGGAGCAAAUUGAAGAAGACUUAGCAUUAUUGUAGGCUAAUAAAUUUCAAAAAUUUAAA